AUGUACACAUCCACCUAUUCAUCAUCACCUGUCCGAACAUCAACAGCGGAGAAAACAGCAACAAAUUAUCAACAUCAAUCGUAUCAUCGUCAAUAUAAUCAAUCACCAUAUAAUAACGAUAUUAAUACAAUAAAUGAUAAUAAUAUGGCUUUAAGACGUAAUGUCGAUGGUUAUUCACGUUCAAAUUCACCUAUAAGAUCAACUCCAUUAAGCGCACCAUCAUCACCAAGAAGAUAUCCUAAUAAUUAUUAUAAUUCACAAAAUGAUCGAAAUAAAUAUCAUACAGCAGCUUAUUCAUCAUCACCAUCAUAUCGUACAUAUGGAAAUGAUGCUGAAACAUUUCGUCCACAUAGUUCAUGUUAUAAUUUAAGUGGUACUAAUCGUGCAUAUUCAUAUGAUGAUUUACUUCAUGAACAAAAUCGAUAUCAAUCAUCAAUAUAUAAUACACGUAAUACUAAUCAAUAUAGACAACAACAACAAACGUCUAGCCGUAAUCUCUCUUAUGAUUAUGAUGAUAAUUAUGAUGAUUUAAUAGUUAAGUCAACAGAUUUACCAGCACAGUAUGAACAAGAAAUGAUUGAUUUAGUUCGAACAGCUUUUCAAAAAUAUGAAAUAACUAAUCAACGUGAAUUAGCUGGUUAUCUUAAACGUACUGCAGAUAAAAAAUUUUCACCAUGUUGGCAUUGUAUUGUUGGUAAACAAUUUAGUUCAUAUGUAACACAUGAAAUGAAUGGUUUUGUCUAUUUUACAAAAGGUCCAAUAUCAAUUUUACUUUUUAGAAGCGGUGCUUAA